ACUUGUGAUAAUAACUGGGUGCAUCUCCAGUGCAGGAAACGUCCUUGGCAUCUUGGUGCCAGGCAUUCUGCUACUGCUGGUGGUGGGUUAUGAACACAGAUGACCAGGAUGAAGUCCUUGCCUUGGAAUAAGCCCAUGGCCCAUCCCAUAAUUUGAUGCCUGCAUUACUAGAGUCCUGAGAAACACGGAAUGCUGAUUAGAAUUUGGGGCAAAGUUCCCUGGGUAUUCUCUGGAGAAAAGAUGCGGAGGUGGACCUGGAAGGCCUCCUGGAGUAGGUGGCUUGCAUUCGAGCUGGAGGAUCUUCAGAAUAAGCCUCCCCCGUACCUGCGGAACCUGUCCAGCAGUGAUGCCAAUGUCCUGGUGUGGCACGCUCUCCUCCUACCUGACCAACCUCCCUACCACCUCAAAGCCUUCAAUCUGUGCAUCACCUUCCCGCCUGAGUAUCCGUUCAGGGCUCCCACGAUCAAAUUCACAACCAAGAUCUACCACCCCAACGUGGACGAGAGCGGAUAUGUUUGCCUGCCCAUCAUCAGCAGUGAGAAUUGGAAGCCUUGCACCAAGACUUGCCAAGUCCUGGAGGCCCUGAAUGUGCUAGUGAAUAGACCGAAUAUCAGGGAGCCCCUGCGGAUGGACCUCGCUGACCUGCUGACAGAGAAUCCGGAGCUGUUCAGAAAGAAUGCUGAAGAGUUCACCCUCCAAUAUGGAGUGGACCGGCCCUCCUAACUCAUGUUCUGACCCUCUGUGCACUGGAUCCUUGCCAUGGUGGAUGGACACACCUCAUGGACUGAGGCCAGAGCCCCCUAUGGCCCAUUCCCCACUCAUUUUUUCUUUCUUAGGUUGUUAGUCAUUCGUUUGUGUGUGUGUGUGUGGUGGAGGGAAGGGAGCUGUGAGUGUGUGUGUUGUGUGUGGACUCACUCCCGGGUUCACCUGGCCACAGGUACACCCUUCCCACAGCCUUUGCAUCCCCCAGAGCUAAGGGAGUUUAAGUUUGCAGAGUUACAGGCCGGUUCUCCAGCUCUCCAUCUUAGAGAGACAGGUCAUCUUGCAGGCCCGCUUGCAGGAAAUAAGCCCAGCAGCCAACUCGAAUUCCCCUAGGGCUCAGGCACUGAGGGCCUGGGGACAGUGGAGCGUAUGGGUGGGAGACAUAUGGAGGGUACCCUAUUUACACCUGAGUCAGCGGAGCCACUGAUGGGAAUCUACAGAUUUAGGUGCGAAACCGUUUAUUUUCCACAGAUGAGUCACAAUCUGAAAAAUCAAACUUCCAUCCUGAAAAUCUGUAUGUUUCAAAACCACUUGCCAUCCUGUUAGAUUGCCAGUUCCUGGGACCAGGCCUCAGACUGUGAAGUGUGUGUCCUGCAGCAUCCAGUCCAGGGGGAGCCACAGAAACCGUGUUCUUGCUUAAGCCAUUAAAGUCAGAGAUGAAUUCUGGA